ACUCGUGUCCUACCGGCGGGGCUGAUGUCUGACUCUGUUAGUUAGAAACACUCUGUUCUCUGCUCUCCUCUUAAUUCCCCCCCCCCCAAAACACGAAUGCAAGACAGUGUCGAGGAGCUGUUCACUUCAGCACCGCCAGACAAACCCAGGCAGAGCCUCAUGAUGAAGAUGAUGAUGCUGAUGAAGAUGAUGAUGCUGAUGAGUGCAUGCGGACUGCAGUAACACACACCAGCAGCAACAGCCCCGCAUUCCUCCAGCUGAGCCUCCGGUGCAAUGGUCCAUGCCAUCUCCAUCUGUUGUAGCUGGUCUGGCAGGAGAGGGUAUCUGAAGAACGGCAUCUCUAUGGACUAAAAAUAGUCACAGGAUUUCACAACCUGACCAGAACAGGACAAGGAUCUCUGUCUCUCUCUGUCUGUCUUUUCUUCAGUCUUCAUCUCAGUGUCUCUUUGUGUUGUACUGUUAUGACGCCAUGUCUCAAACUGGAAAAGUCCUGCAUUUGUAUGUGGAGGUGAGAUCCCCACCAGAGCAUGAUGAGAAAGGUAGUUCCUGUGAAACAACAGUGGAGCAAGAUGGUCCUGUUGAGGCUUUGACCAAAUUAGCACAGGUGGCUUCAGGAUUUUCCACACCUCCCAGCAGCACAUUCAGACCAAAUGUAAGCUUCCUACUACAGCCCACACACAAUUCUCUGGAUUCCCCUCAAAGACGCAGCAUUCCCCAGCAGGAACCAUUCCAACAGGUGUCCUCUGGCUUCAAUAACAACAUUGACUGUAAACAAUUGAAACAGGUCCAAUCGUUGUCGUUCUCUGGACGGACAUCUGGUCCGGGGACGCCUUGCCGAGCCUGCAGUCAUCAACAGGACUCUAAACCAGAGCCCGGACAGAGGUCUGUGGUCACUUUUAGCUACAUUGAGAAGCCCCACAUCAAAACUGUGGAGAGUCCUUGUAACAGUCCCAGUGGAAUAAAGGAGGCAUCUGCUUGCCCACGUAAGAGGUGUAGUGAUCCAAAGCGGUCUCACCCUAAUGAGUCUUCCUGCAAUAAUAGUCCAUUUCACCAGCACAUGGGUUAUCCAGGAUUUUGUUCCUCUACUUUGGAUCCCGUCGGUCAAGCAGCAACACAGCGAGCCCUGGAGGAGUUUGGCUCUCCCCAGAUGAGGUGUAAGUUUUCUCGUGGCCCAGACUGGAGUCCGGAGUUUCACCAACGGCAGAGGGCACGAUGCCAGUCUUGGGCAGGUUCACCAGUGCCAAACUGCAGUGCCUACCGCCAUGAUCCUGACCCUGGCAGGGUCGAAGCUGCAUGUGGUGUCCCCAAAAGCCCAGCACCAGAUGCUUUUUCAUCCCACACAGGGCAUAACAACCAGCAGAAAUCCACCUCCAGGUCCCAAGGAUGCCCCAACCAGAACCUCCCUUCAAAGCAAGACUGUUCCACACCAGUCAGUCAAAGUUGGGGAAGCCGGGCUGAAGAUAAGCCUCUGUCAGGACAAAGAACAAGCCUCACAAACACACCCACUCAUGGUUUGAACCAGCUUAGUGGAAGCAAUAACUCCUCAGCCCUGAACAGUCCAGAGGUAGCCCGCAAGAUUGCAGAAGAGGCCACCAAGGUUUCAACUAUUUUCAACGAGGUCCGCAGUUCUCCUCCUCCCGUUGUUUUCAGAGGUUCAUCUAAUCUAAGCAGCACAAACUAUGGGUAUCCUUCGAGAGAAAUCCAGCAUGAGACCUUGCAACAGAGUCCAGUGCAGCAUUUGGCUGUUAAGAUGAACAUACCUGUGCAUGAAGACCAUCCUACAACAAAUGGGGUUUCUCCGCACCUGCAUGAAGCAAUAGCUACUAAGAGCUCAGAUUUAAGAGAUGACCUGACUGAUCACUCAUUCUGCUCUGUCCCAGUGGGAGCCCCUGAUUCUCCAGCCCUCCCGUCUCGUCUUCUUCGUCCAAGUCUGUCCAAUGCAGACGUGUGUUCUCCUCUCCGAGAUCCUCGUCAGCUUAGGGCUGACCUGCCAGUCUCUAACAGCCCCACUUUACACCGUCACAAGCCUCCACAGUACACUGGAGAGGAGUGGACCUCCGGGGAACCCUGGUUCCUGGACGAGGAGGACUGGGAUGACCAUGUCAUUUCAGAAAGCGUGGAGAUCUCCAGGCGGUUGUUCAUCGGUCAGAGUGUGGACAAUUCUCCAGUCAGUUGGACAUCUAGACAGCAGUGGAAAGAGCAGGCGAAGAAAGAGGAAGUGAAGUUCAGUUUGACAGAAAAAUUUGAAGGGACACUCAAGAGCAGCAGUCCAGUGUACAAAAAAAGGGUUGAGGUCACAGAACGGGGAGAGGGGAAUGUUAGCAAUUCAGUAUGUGGAGCAAACCACAGCCCAGGGGAAAGAGUAGAGGAGAUGACCAGGAUAACGCAGCAACAGAGACAGGCAGAAUGGAGGAGAAGGCAGGCUUUGCUUCUAGGGCCAGUGGUAUUAGAAGAGGGAGAUGGGGAGAGAGGGGAGGAUGAACAGGGGUUUGGAGAACACCAGGCUUUGGCUGGGUCAUCCCCGAGCUCCAGUGGAGUAACGGGAAGCCUAGGAGACAGAGAUUGCAUCUCACCUGAGUCCAGCCAGAACAGCAACCAUUCAGAUCACCCAUCAUCAGGAAUACAGUCCGAUGGUGGUUCUUUGGUGCCAGGUCCAUCUCUGCACUGUCAGAAAAUUGCUCGUGCCAAGUGGGAGUUUCUUUUUGGCACUCCAGCAGAAAACACUGCCAGUGAACGAGAGAAGAAUGUUCCAGAAACCUCCACAGCUCCACCAAGUGGUCUAUCCACCCCAAUCCCGCCCUCUUUUCUGCCACUUGAGGAGCUCGCUCUCAGAGCUAAUCAUGACGUUCAACAUGUGGAGGUGGAGCUAGUGACUCCACCCCCUGCCGCCCCAGGCACCUCCCCCAAAACUGGCAUAAUUCGGCGAACUUUAAAAUACUCUGAGACCGAUCUGGACGCCGUUCCGUUACGAUGUUAUCGGGAGACCGAUAUAGAUGAAGUGCUGUUAGCCGAGCAAGAGGACGCUGACUCAGCGUUUGGAAGUAACCGAAGUGUCAUGGGAACUUCCUGUGCCGGGAGUAGCCCUCUAGGAGAGAUGCCGAAUGAAAGAACAGAUGGACAGGAGGAUGGGGAGGAGGAGGAGGAUGAGGAGGAAGAGGAGGGUGUUGCGAGCUGGGUCACUGUCAGGAUGCAGGGCGAUGUGAGGAGGUUGCUGGCCGAUCAGGAGCGAUACGAAGAAGAGGAGUUUUACAGCAUUAUGCUAAAGAGGCCCCGAGAUCAUUUCAUUAACAACCACCCAGCUCUGAAAUCUCCCAUCCUGGUCCGUGGCCCUCGAAGAAAGUCCGGAGACAGUUUAGACACAUUCAGCAGGCAUUUUGAGAACAUCAUGGAGUCACAUCGUGCCAAAGGCACCUCUUACAGUAGUCUGGACAGUCUUGACCCUCUGACCUCUAGUACUCAAACUGUUCUGACCUUUGACCUUCCCACACUGACUCCACAAGUGCAGGGUCAGAUCUACCAGAGUGUGCGGCAAAUCGUGGAGCUCAGCUUUGCUCCAUUGGCUCACGUAGAGAUGCCCAGCCUCUCAGAGUCUGUGCUGACGAUAACAGGGGACACCGAUGCCACACGGGCACCAUCCAGUGAACGCCUCAGCAGUGGGUCCGACGAUCGCAACGGGCGGAGCUGGCAGAUCAACCCACCACUUUCACUGCCCAGAGAGAAAUCUCCUCGCUUCGCUGCAGACCCAGAGUUGGAUCAGGAACUGAGUGAGCGUUUGGGUUUAGGGAGUAAUGACACUCUCAGCAACCGUGCCGACCUGGAAGCUGCCAAACGUCUGGCCAAACGCCUCUUCAACCUCGACGGCUUCAGGAAGUGUGACGUUGCACGUCAUUUGGGUAAAAACAAUGACUUCAGUCGCAUGGUAGCAGAGGAAUAUCUGCACUACUUCAGUUUUACAGGAAUGACUUUGGACCAAGCGCUAAGGGCAUUUUUAAUAGAAUUUGCACUGACGGGCGAGACGCAGGAGAGAGAGCGAAUCUUGGCACACUUUUCCCAUCGAUAUCAGCAGUGCAAUUCAUCCCUCACACUAUCUGAAGACGGUGUCCAUACGCUGACCUGUGCACUUAUGCUGCUCAACACAGACCUGCACGGCCACAACAUUGGCAAGCGAAUGUCCUGCUCUCAGUUCAUCGGGAAUCUGGAAGGACUAAACACUGGCAGUGAUUUUCCUAAAGACCUCCUCAAGGCCCUGUACAACUCUAUUAAAAAUGAAAAGCUGCAGUGGACAAUCGAUGAAGAAGAGUUGCGCAAGUCGUUUUCGGAGCUGGGAGAGCACCGAGACGAGCCAAACUCCCGAGGAAUGAAGCGGACGGGCAGUGGUUUGGUUUCUCCGUCUGGGUCACUUCUCUAUAAAACGGGUUUCUUGGUGAGGAAGGUCCACGCUGACUGUGAUGGAAAGAGAACACCUCGUGGGAAAAGAGGAUGGAAAACAUUUUAUGCUGUUCUUAAGGGACUCAUCCUUUACCUGCAGAAGGGCGAGUAUCGGCCGGAUAAACAGCUUUCCGAUGAGGAUUUGAAGAAUGCUGUGUCGAUUCACCAUUCCUUGGCCAUCCGAGCCACAGACUACAGCAAACGGCCAAACGUGUUUUACCUCCGGACCGCUGACUGGAGAGUCUACCUCUUUCAGGCGCCGAAUGCUGAACAAAUGCAGUCUUGGAUCACACGCAUCAACACAGUGGCGGCCAUGUUUUCAGCCCCGCCCCUCCCUGCUGCCAUUGGCUCACAGAAGAAGUUUAGUCGACCGCUGCUGCCAGGCUCCGCCUCCAAACUAUCACAGGAGGAGCAGGUACAGGCUCAUGAAACACGAUUUCGCUCCAUCUCCACCGAGCUCGUACAACUGCGCUCUUAUCCGCCUGACCGAAAGGUGAAAGGUCGUGAACUUGAGGAGUACCGACUGAGAGAGGAGUAUCUAGAGUUUGAGAAAACGCGCUACGAGACGUACAGCAUGCUCCUGCGGGCCAAGCAGCGCUGCGGCGGCGAUGACCUGUCUGUGUUCGAGUCCAUGCUCCUGGAGGAAGGGGCGUUACAGAGAGCUCAAUCCAGUCCCACACUACAGGACAGCAGUCUGACCUGCAGCACCAGAGACGGCCCGAGCCAGACCAACACCGCAUGUGUCCCACAAGAGCCCAACAACAGCUGCUCCCGCGGACAGGGCCAGAGACACAGCUACCGGCAGGCCGUCCGCAAGUGAACCCGCGGGAAGCUCGCGUUACUGGAGAGGAAGUGAGGUCUCUCUCUUUCCUGUGUGCGCCCUCCUGCUCUGUGCCAUCAGGAAGUGGUGUUGAUUCUGACUGAAUCUGACUCUGUGAUUGGCUGAUGGGUGGGUGAUGUCACAACACAAGGUGCUAUGGAAUCUGGUCGGGAGAACGUGUUUCUCGGAGGGAAUUAUGAAAUGCAUAAAAUGUUCCUUUGCCUUCUAGUUCUCGGUUUCUUCUGCGACUUUUCGCCAUGCAUCGCCCACUACCUAGGCCUGGCGUGCUUAAACAUCUUCAAAAGCAUAUAAAGAUACCAUGUCGUUGGCAGGUUUUUAGUUUUGCAUCCCUAGAAUUAACUCAUUUGUUCACAAAGCA